CAUCCACCUGCAAUAAUCACAAACCGUCACACACUCUUGUGUUCAUCUCUUUGAUCAACUCAAUCACCUUCUUCUCCUCCUCCUCCUGUUAAGAACGAAAAAGGUAAAAAAAAAAUGAAAGUAUCAGAUAGAUACAAAAGCUUGAAAUUAAGAGAAUCAAUGGGCAAAAGCCACCAAUACUCCGUGGCUUGUAAAGAACUUUCCUCAAUUCUCAGGCUCGCUUACUCCAAGCUCCCCAAAUCUGUUCAGCGUCUCCUCUUCGACGACGUCGUUUUCGCCUUUCGAACUCUCCCCCUAAUGGAGGCAUCAUCUGCCGUUGAAGCAGCUAAUCUUCUCCUUCAGGCUGCAGAUUCGGUAUUGCCAAAGCAAAAAAAGGGUAUGGCUGCAAAGGAGUUUAAGCUUGCGAUGGUGGCUCACAAGAGGCGAUGGAAAGGGAUGCAGCAAGGAGAAGGUAUGGCCCAGCUUCCUGAGGAUGUGCUUCUGCACAUCUUUAGUUAUUUAGAUUUGCGAUCUUUAGUUUCAGCUGCAUCAGUCAGCAGAUCGUGGAAUGUGGCAGCAAGAGACAACAAAUUAUGGCAGUUGCAAUAUUCUAUUUUCUUUGCUGAUUCAGAUAAUCUUUAUGAGAUCAAGAUACUUCAAACAAAAACAAGACAGGCUGAGACGAAGCUUAUAUAUGUACAGACUGAUGUUACAAGAGCUGGCUUUAGUUGGAGAGAAGCAUUUAAAAAAGAUUAUAAAGGCUAUUUUUCCAAGAUAUUUAACGCAUCGUCAAGGGGUUACUGUAAGCACUGCAAUACUAUAAUGUGGCUUAAUGACAUGGAGUGUACUACAAAACGUUGUAGAUUGAGUUGUGGAAAUCACCAAAUCAAGCCUGUAUUAAAUCAGAAGAUUGUGAACUACGUGACAGAGGGCUCUCUGGAUGGCUCUGGUCGUCUGUACAUAGUAUCUUCUGACAGUGAUAGUGAUUCGGAGGAAGGGUCUCCCUCACUCUGGAAUUAUUCUUUUUCGAAUAAUUAGGCUUAUAUGCCUUACAAAUGAGUAUCGUGCUAAUACUUCUCGGGGGUGAGCGGGAGUCGAACCCAUAUACCCGAGAACAGAGAGCGAGAGUGGAACUCAGAUACCCCGAGACAAUAGAGGAUAAACCCACCACUUGGGCUAUUCAAUCGUGCUCUUCUUAGUGUAUAGAAACCUUUCAAAAGGUUCGGUGUUGUUUUUAUAUAUAUAUAAUAUGACUUGUCUACUUAUAGUGCCCACUUAGAGGAAAUGACUCUCUCUGCUUACGCCAAGGCUUAUCCCAUUGUGCUGGAGAAAGUAGUUUAUAAUCUCAGAACUAAUGAGAUUUACCAUUUAGCUGAAUUGUUUUUGGGUAAAUAUAGAGUUGGAAUGUAUAUGGUUUUACAUGACAAGGUUUUUUUAGUGGU